GUUCAUUACUAAAGUUUAGUUCAGAGAGAGAGCUGGGCAUGGUGGCACUUGCGUGUAAUUCCAGCUAUUCUGGAGGCUGAGGCAGGAGGAUCAAUUGAGGCAAGGAGUUCAAGAUCAGCCUGGGUGACACAGCAAGACCUCAUCUGGGGGAGAGGGGUAGCGUCUGCAAAGCUAAGUGUAGACAGUUAGUUGCAAUGAAAUGGAACUAUUCAUUUAAGAAAUAUUUAUUGCUCUCACCUAAUGGGCACAACGUAAGGGUAUGUGGCACACCUCCUGGGUACAAGGGACACAACUACAAUAGGGAAUUUACCUAACAAAUGCAAACAUUGUAACCUAAUCAUAUGUACCCUCGUAUUAAUCUGAAAUAAAAAAAGAAAUAUUUAUCAAACACCAACUGUAUAUCUGCAGCAAUAUACUAGACACUGGGAAUACAGUAGUGAACAAGAAAGGAUUCCCUGCCCUCAUGGGGCUUACAUUCUAUCAGAGGAAGACAGAUUAUAAACAAUAAACAGAAUAUGUACAUAAGUGAGUACAUAUAGGGCAGUAUUGUACAACAGAAAUAUGACAUGUGCCAAUAUAUAUAAUUAAAAAUUUUUCAGUAUUGGGCAGCACCUGUGGCUCAGUGGGUAGGCGCCAGCCCCAUAUACUGAGGGUGGUGGGUUCAAACCAGCCACCCCCCAGCCAAACUGCAACAAAAAAAUAGCUGGGCAUUGUGGCAGGCACCUGUGGUCCCAGCUACUUGGGAGGCUGAGGCAAGAGAAUUGCCUAAGCCCAGAAGUUGGAGGUUGCUGUGAGCUGUGUGACGCCAUGGCACUCUACCAAGGGCGAUGAAGUGAGACUCUGUCUCAAAAAAAAAAAAAAAAAAAUUCAGUAUCAUCAUCAAAAAAGUAAAAAGAACAAGUUAAAAAAAAUUUGUUAAGGGCAGUGCCUGUGGCUCAAGAAGUAGGGCGCCAGUCCCAUAUGCCGGAGGUGGUGGGUUCAAACCCAGCCCCGGCCAAAAACCAAAAAAAAAUUUGUUAAAACUAAAACAUCUUAGGCAGCGCCCAUAGCACAGUGGUUACAGUGCCACCCACAUAAUCCGAGGCUGGUGGGUUGAAUCUAGCCGGGCCAGCUAAAGCAACAAUGACAACAACAACAACAACAACAAAAAAUAGCCGGGCACUGUGGCGGGCGUCUGUAGUCCCAGUUACUUGGGAGGCUGAGGCAAGAGAAUCACUUAAGCCCAAGAGUUAGAGGUUCCUGUGAGCUGUGACGCUUCAGCACUCUACCGAGGGUUACAUAGUGAGACUGUGUCUCAAAAAACAAAAAGCUUUCCCCAAACCCCCCUAAAACCUAAAACAAUUUUAAUUAAUCUAAUCAAAAUUAUUUUGACUGGAAUGGCAUAAUGUAUUAAUAUAAUCAAUGUAUUAUUAAUAUGCAGAUGACAUGAUUUAAUUUUAAUUAAAUCUGAAAAUUAUUGUUAAUUUUUUAGUAUUUUUAAUUUAAAAAUUUAACACAAUAUAUCAAAAACGCCAUCAUCUUGACAAUUGACAUUAGCAGUGUUUCAAGUGCUCAGUAGCUGCAUGUGGCUGGUGGAUACUGUAUCAGACUGUAUACUGGAAGGUGAUAAAUCCUGUGCAAAAAUGCAAAAGUCAUUAGGGGUAAGAGGGAACCAGAGCACCAUAUAUGGGAAGGGCAGGACUGAGAAGGCAGAUUUGAGCUGAGUUAGGGCAAACAGCUUGAUUAUUACUAUUUUGAGACAGAGUCUUGCUUUGUUGCCCAGGCUGGAGUGCAGUGGUGUCAACAUAGCUAACUGCAGACUGCAGCCCCAAACUCCUGGGCUCAAGUAGUCCUCCUGCCUCACCCCUGAAAGAUGCGGGCCUACUGCAGCUGCCCCAGAUUGAGGGGCAAGGAGUCCCUCAACACACCUAUUCCAGGAAGUGGUGUGUACACCUCAUUCUGCGGGCCUAGGGCUGCCCCAGGGGACAAACUGGAGGAAUAUUGUCCAGGUUUUUGACUGGAGAAGAAAGAGGUAGGAGGGUAGAGGUAGAGGUAGGAGGUAGGUGUGUGAGGGACAAGUUCUUCCCCAGGGCCAGGCUUAGGGGCAGGUGCGGAGGGGGCCUGUGUUUACUUAAAAGCUUGAUAUUUUCUUCAGCACAGAUUUUUUUUUUUUAGAUUAAUUUAAAAAAAUUUAAUUGAUUUACAUACCAUGGAAUUCAUCCUUCUAAAAAUGUACGAUUCAUUGCGUUUUUGUACAUUCAUGGAGUAUGUUUUCAUCAUUCCCAAAAGAAACCCUGUACCCAUGAAGCCCCACUCUCCAUUCCCUUCUCCUGCCCGGCCCCAGGUGACCACUAAUCUACCAUCUGUGACUAUGGAUUUGCCUAUUCUGGACAUUUCAUAUGAAUGGAAUCAUACAACGUGUGGCCUUUGUGUCUGGCUCCUUUCACUUAGCUUAAUGUUUUCAAGGUUCACUCAUGUGGCAUGUGUCACAACUUUGUUCCUUUUUAUGAAUAAUACAUCAUUGCAUGGAUAUGCCACAUUUAUUCAUUCAUCAGUUUUUUUUCUUUUUUUGUUUUUGUUUUUGUGGCAGAGUCUCAGUUUGUUACCCUCAGUAGAGUGCCCUGUCAUCAGAGCUCACAGCAACCUCAAAAACUUGGGGUCAAGUGUUCCUCUUGCCUCAGCCUCCCGAGUAGUUGGAACCACAACACCCAGCUAUUUUUUAUUUAUUUUAUUUUUAUUUAUUUAUUUUAGAGACAGAGUCUUACUAUGUCACCCUCUGUAGAGUACUGUAACAUCACAGCUCACAGCAACCUCAAACCCUUGGGCUUAAGUGAUUCUCUUGCCUCAGCCUCCCAAGUAGCUGGGACUAUAGGCACCCGUCACAAUAUCCGGCUAUUUUGUUGUUGUCGUUGUCAUUGUUGUUUGGCAGGCCCAGACAGGUUCGAAUCCGCCAGCUGCUAGGCUAUUUUUUAGAGACAGGGUCUCCCUCUUGCUCAGGCUGGUCUCCAACUUGUGAGCUCAAACAAUCCACCCACCUUGGCCUCCUACAGUGCUAGGAUUACAGGCGUGAGCCACCGCACCUGGCUGAUCCAUUCAUCAGUUGAUGGACAUUUUAUGUUUUUACCACUUUUUGGGCUAUUGUGAAUAAUGCAUUCACGUAUAAGUUUUUGUGUGGAUGUAGGUUUCUAAUUCUUUGGGGUUUUUGCAUUAGUUUUGAUUUUAAAAAUAUAUUGGAUAAAAAUGAUAUUUAUCUUGAUGCCUGUGUUUUUGGCACCCCCUCACUCACCUCAACCUAGUCCCACCCUGUGUGACUUGGGUAAGUUGCUAAACCUCCCAGGGCCUGGAUUUCCUCCUCUAAAAUGGGGACAAUCCCUGUACCUGCUCACAGUUGUUAGCAGAGUACAAUGAAGUAAAGACGCACAUUACAUAGAAGACUCUCAACAAGUUUUUCCUACAGAGAAACCUGAUGUGGGGCCUGGGAUGGGGCUGGAGGGUCCUCAAAGGGACAUGACCUAGCUCUGCCCUUGAGAAGAGCUGGUCCAGCUGCCUAGAACUCUCUGAUGCUUUCAUUCUCAAAUGAAACAUGCAUUUUUUCCUUUUCCUGCCCUGGGUGGGGGGCCCAUUGCUGCUUACCCCACAGCCUCCCUGUUUCCUAGCACCUUCCAUUCCAGCUGCCCAGGGGCUCCCACCUUCACCUCCCCCAUCCUCUCCUGUGCCCACUCCCACUGAAGGUCCAUGGCUCCCUGUCCCUCUACACUGCCAUGAGGCCUGCACUUUGCAGGGCUGAAGUCCAAAGUUCAGUCCUUUCGCUAAGCACACGGAUAAAUAUGAACCUUGGAGAAUUUCCCCAGGUCCAAUGUAAACAGAGCAGGCAGGGGCCCUGAUUCACUGGCCGCUGGGGCCAGGAUUGGGGGUUGGGGGUGCCCACAGGGCUUGGCUAGUGGGGUUUGGGGGGGCAGUGAUUGUAAGGAGCCUGGUUUGUGUUUGCCACUGGCCGGCAAGUAACAGCCCACGAGGUGGGGGAGGCGGCCAGUGUGGUGGACCUGCCGCGUGGCCCUGCGGUGGUAGAGCCAUGGUUGCUAAACUGAGCCAGCUGCAGACAGAGCUCCUGGCCGCCUUGCUUGAAUCAGGCCUGAGCAAAGAGGCGUUGAUCCAGGCGCUGGGUGAGCCGGGACCCUACUUGCUGGCUGGAGAUGGUCCCCUGGACAAGGGGGAGUCCUGCGUCAGUGGCCGAGGGGAGUUGGCUGAGCUGCCCAACGGGCUGGGGGAAACUCGGGGCUCCGAGGACGAGACGGACGACGAUGGGGAAGAGUUCACACCACCCAUCCUCAAGGAGCUGGAGAACCUCAGCCCCGAGGAGGCAGCCCACCAGAAAGCCGUGGUGGAGACCCUUCUGCAGGAGGACCCAUGGCGUGUGGCAAAAAUGGUCAAGUCCUACCUGCAGCAGCACAACAUCCCACAGCGAGAGGUAGUGGACACCACUGGCCUCAACCAGUCCCACCUGUCCCAACACCUCAACAAGGGCACACCCAUGAAGACGCAGAAGCGAGCUGCCCUGUACACCUGGUAUGUCCGCAAGCAGCGAGAAGUGGCCCAGCAGUUCACCCAUGCAGGGCAGGGUGGGCUGAUUGAGGAGCCCACAGGUGAUGAGCUGCCAACCAAGAAGGGGCGGAGGAACCGUUUCAAGUGGGGCCCGGCAUCCCAGCAGAUCCUGUUCCAGGCCUAUGAGAGGCAGAAGAACCCUAGCAAGGAGGAGCGAGAGACAUUGGUGGAGGAAUGCAACAGGGCAGAGUGCAUCCAGAGGGGAGUGUCACCAUCGCAGGCACAGGGUCUGGGCUCCAACCUUGUCACGGAGGUGCGCGUCUAUAACUGGUUUGCCAACCGGCGCAAAGAAGAAGCCUUUCGGCAUAAGCUGGCCAUGGACACGUACAGUGGGCCCCCAUCAGGGCCAGGGCCGGGACCUGCACUGCCUGCCCACAGCUCCCCUGGUCUGCCGCCACCUGCCCUCUCCCCCAGUAAAGUCCAUGGUGUGCGCUAUGGACAGCCUACAGCCAGUGAGGCGGCAGAAGUGCCCUCAAGCAGCGGCAGUCCCUUGGUGACAGUGUCUGCAGCCCUGCACCAAGUGUCUCCCCCGGGCCUGGAGCCCAGCCACAGUCUGCUGAGCACUGAAGCCAAGCUGGUCUCAGCAACUGGGGGCCCCCUUCCCCCUGUGAGCACCCUGACAGCACUGCACAGCUUGGAGCAGGCAUCCCCAGGCCUCAACCAGCAGCCCCAGAACCUCAUCAUGGCCUCACUCCCUGGGGUCAUGACCAUUGGGCCUGGUGAGCCUGCUUCCCUGGGUCCCACGUUCACCAACACAGGCGCCUCCACUCUGGUCAUUGGCCUGGCUUCCACUCAGGCCCAGAGUGUGCCUGUCAUCAACAGCAUGGGUAGCAGCCUGACCACCCUGCAGCCUGUCCAGUUCUCCCAGCAGCUGCACCCUUCCUACCAGCAGCCGCUCAUGCCGCCCAUGCAGAGCCACGUGGCCCAGAGCCCCUUUAUGGCCACUAUGGCCCAGCUGCAGAGCCCCCACGCCCUCUACAGCCACAAGCCAGAAGUGGCCCAGUACACUCACACGGGCCUGCUUCCGCAGACCAUGCUCAUCACAGACACCACCAACCUGAGUGCCCUGGCCAGCCUCACGCCCACCAAGCAGGAGACUGCUCUGCUCCCUCAGGUGUUCACUUCAGACCCCGAGGCCUCCAGUGAGUCUGGGAUGCAUACACCAGCCUCUCAGGCCACCACUCUCCAUGUCCCCAGCCAGGACCCUGCUGGCAUCCAGCAUCUGCAGCCCACCCACCGGCUCAGUGCCAGCCCCACGGUGUCCUCCAGCAGCCUGGUGCUGUACCAGAGCUCUGACUCCAGCAAUGGCCACCUGCUGCCUUCCAACCAUGGUGUCAUCGAGACCUUCAUCUCCACCCAGAUGGCCUCUUCCUCCCAGUAACUAUGGCAACCACCUUCCAACACCUGGGCCCUGCCGCCAGUGCUGCCUGCUUGGGGAGUGAUCCCUAGAGACACUGGAGCCUGCCAAAUUCCUGCUGCUCCUCCCUGGAAAGCUGUGCCUCAUUCCCAUCCUGCUCUGAACAGCAGGAAGGGAGGGCUGCUUCAGAGGCAUAAGAAGGGGCGUGGAGUGGUGGCAAGCAGAGCCUGUUCCUGGCAGGAUGUGGGAAGGAGGGACUGACCCUGUUGUUUGGGACAACACUUUGCCACUUGGAGCAGAAGGGCAGCCUUUGACUCUGGCGUUCCCAGCCUGGGCCUGUGGAGAGCCCCGGGAUCCCUGAGGCAGCCACAAUUCUCAGGACAUAGGCCCAGGUGGUUGUGACUUGCUGAGCUCCAAGAGGCCUGUCACUUCAUGUUCUGUCACCUGUGUACCCACCAGGCCACUCCACCCUGCCCCAAUCCCUUCCACCUAGUGACCUGCAUACCCAUUUGCACUGACCCUGCUACCCACUCACAAAGGCUUUCCCUGAGUGGCUACUCUGUGCCAGAGUCAGGGCUCUGAUGCCCGAGCCCUGGGGAGGCACACAGGGCUCUCCCAGGCCCCCUGGUACUGAGAGAUUCCCCUACUCCCUGGCCCAAGACCUGAUUUUCCUGGACACUGGUUCCCAGGAGCAUCAGCCUUCUAAUGCCAGCCUGGCCUGCUCUGAAAAGGCUACCUCAGGGCUGGGAAGUUGUCCUCACUCCAGUGGGGACCUCGAGACUUGUACUGAGUCCAGGUCCUGGGGUGGCAGAUCCUCUGGUCUGUGAGCCCCUACAAGCUUUUGCCUAGUUUUGGCUAGGAGGGGCAUAGAGGGAGAAGAGAGAGGUGAGCCCAGCGCAGAGUUACCAAUGUGAUAGGACUGACGCUCAGAACUCUGGGAGCCUGGCUGGCUGAGGGCUGGAGUCCAGGCUGUUGCAGUCACCCUGAGGAGUCUGAGAGCCUGAGCACCAGUGGGGACAGAACAGCUGUGUGAACCCAUGACCUCGUAUCCCCAGGUUUGCUGCAGGGAACCUGGCCUUCAGGGGACUACCUGCACCCUGGCACAGCAGAAAGGGCCUGGGGAGAACCAGUGACCCCUACAGCUUGCAGCCAGCUAAGGGAGAACCUGUACAUUUAUUUAACUUUCAGUAAAGUCAAAGAGAAAUGUAUUGGAAACUUCUUGAUAGUCCACAGAUCACCCGGACGGGGUUUGGGCAGGCUCAGGGAGGUUGAGGCAGGUUGAGGCAGGCUGAGGCAAGCCUGGGGCCUGAGGAGGGAGCUAGGCUCUAGCCCACUCACCCUCAUACCCUACAUCUCUGCUUUUCUUCUUUUUUGAGACAAGAGUCUCAUCUGUUGCCCUUGGUAGAGUGCUGUGGCAUCAUUGUAGCUCCCAGCAACCUCAAACUCUUGGGCUCAAGCGAUCCUCAUGCCUCAGCUUCCCAAGCAGAUGGGACUAGAGGUGCCAUCACAAUGCCUGGCUAAUUUUUCUAUUUUGCUCAGGCUGGUCUUGAACUCCUGAGCUUAAGCAAUCUGCCCGCCUUGGCCUCCCAGUGCGGUCUCUACUUUUCUUGCUCUGGUACUCUGACAAUGAAGGAUGAAGCCAGAAUUUCACCUGAACCGUCAGCUUCUAUUCCUUCCUGCAGGAUACCCAUGUUCAUGGGACCUAGUCCACAGUGCUGUGUCACAUUUCCUGAAGUCUUGAAUCGGGGUGAAGGAACAUAUCCCUGGGGCAGAGGAAGAUAUUUACAAUGUUCACUAAGGUUUGGCACUGACAGGGAGGCAGCACUCAAAUCACUCUACGUUUUGUUUUGGGUCCCUUGACUAUUUUCAACAAUCUGGUUGGCUCAGAGAUAUCAUCAUGCCCGAUAAAAUUCACAAAGGUAGAGAAAGAAAAAUCUGGAAAACCAAGGGGCAAAUCUCUCCUUUUUCAGGCAAUUCUAUCAAGUCUAUCAAGCCUUCUAUCAAGGCUAAGAGGAGGAAACAAAAGUUUCUCUGAGCUGUGGUGUCUUGGGGACCCCUUCUCUUAUUUUCUGCAGAAGGUUUCUCAAACCAGGCUGAGGUGGCAAGCAGAAGAGAAAGGUAUCCCUUCACCAGUCCACCUCAGACAGUUCUGGGGAGAUAGGAAAGUACCACUUGGGUACUAGUCUUGAAUAACUGGAAGGAUCCUUCUUCCCGAGGCUAUGGAAUGUUCUGGUACAAUAGAACAGGUCUGCCUCAGUCCUUGUGGGAGCACAGAGAGACAGGCCUUGCUUAGGCUUCUCAUCCUAUAGCCAUAUCUUUGCCCUGACUCUUGGGCAAGCCCCCAUCACAACUGGGGUCUUGUGGGCAGUCUGGACUUGCCGGCCAAGUCCUUGAACUUGGAGCAGAAGGUGGGAUUUGAAAUUGUCUUAUCCACAGUGGGUACCUUGUCCUAGCUGGGCCCA